AACCCCUACCACCACAUGUACUUCUCUGAUGGCUUCGUCUACGCUCCUCCUCCAUCGGUCCCCUUCGUAGCUGUCUCGUCUCCUCGUCUUGUUAUGUUUGUGGCCAAUGAGACCGGCGAUAAUGACAACCACAGCGAAGGAGGACAGCUUUCGGGCGAGAUCGGCGCGGGUACUCGUAGAAGCUCCAACGCAUUCUGGUUCAACGCUCACAGCGCUUACCUUGGAUGUGAGAACCAUUCGGCCCACCAAUGUGUUCUCAAGAUUACAGGCCUUGUCUACCAGAGCGAGACCAAGUCGGAAGUGGCAGCGUUCCAUCAGACUGUCAAGCUUCUUCCAUGCUACUUGCCCGACAACUGUCACCUUACACAGAUCGAUUUCUCAGAGUCAAUGAAGGGAUUGAGUGGCCUUCGCAUCCAAGCCUCGGUCAACGAGGAACCUGUUUCUUGGUUCAUGGACAAUCUGGCACUUGGCUGGUCCAACAACACUUGUGCUGCUGGUCUUCUUAGAGCCAGAAGCCGCUAA